UUUUUAGCCGGAAGACCGUCAAUAAUCAAACACAAACAAAACAAAUCAUGUCCAGCGAUUCCAGCAGCUCUAGCGAUGAAGAGCACAGGCGCAAGCGCAAGCAUAAAAAAACAAGCAAAGACGUCGAUAAGAAGCAGAAAAAAUCGCAAAAGAAACACAAACAUGAAAAGCGUCACAAGCAAAAGAAGCGAAGUAAGCGAGACGAGCCGCAGGAACAACUGCAUCAGCCGAUGCCAGUGGCGCCAUCAAGACAGCCACUGGAAACAGAUGACAAUUCGGAUGCUUUUGGGCCUGCUUUGCCACCGCAUUUAGUUAAAGAAUUAAAGCCGGAAUCCCAGCCACAAGAGCCGAUGAUUAUAGGACCCGUUAUGCCUGCCAAUCUUGCAGAGACUUCAAUAGUUGCCAGUGUCGCUGAUGCUGAUGACGCGGAUGAUGAUGACCUGACGGGCAUGUGUGGACCGCUGCCAAAUGCCACACAAGUGGAGCUGGAGGAACGGGCUCUAGCCUUAAAGCUGGCGGCAUUAGAAGGAGGCAUUGGAUCCACACCAGAUCAAGAUGUGCGAGAGGAAUGGAUGCUGGAGUUGCCUGAGGUGGGACUGAAAAGUGGCCUUGCAGCGCUGAACAAUAUGAAGCGCACCUUUUACCAAGGCAAGGACCGACCGGACUUCACAGAUCGCAGCUCUUGGACCAAGACACCAAAGAGCGAAGCAGCAGGUCCGAAAGCAUGUAGCUCCAAGGACUUGGAGCAGACAGCGCAGGCGAACUAUGAGCGGCAAAGGGAUGAGGAACAGGAGAGAAUUGCUAAAAAGCACAAGAAGAAACACAAACGGGACGAGUCUUUAGUUGAGUUACAUCAGAAGAAGUUGCGCAAGGAGCAGCGAGCACGGGAAAAAGAACUGGCUGCCUCUGGAUCCAAACCGGAACGGCGUCCCUUUACCCGCGACGUGGACCUGAAGCUGAACAAGAUUGACAAGAAUCAGACCAAGCAAAUUGUAGACAAGGCCAAGAUACUAAACACAAAGUUCUCGAGCGGACACGCCAAGUAUCUGUAAGACUUAAAUUAAGCCAUAAAUAUAUAAUGUAAGAAUUACAAUUAAAACUUAAAUACAUAUU